AUGAAGGGCCUAUCAAACCUCAUCACCCAAAUUCUGGGCUUUGUUCCAACCCGCCAAUCCUCACCGCAACCACAAACCCAAGUUCAAGCCCAGAUCCAACCACCCUCGUACUGCCCCGACUACUCCUCCUACGCCAAAACGCGCCAUGAACCCUUUUCGACCGGCCGCCAUGCCCUCCCCUACCAACGCCCUGCUCCCUCAUGCCGAACCUUCAACUCCUCCGUGAUCGAGUCCUUCAUCAGCAACAUGUCCACCAUCAUCACCGACCCGGACCUCUACCGCUUAUUUGAAAACACAUACCCCAACACCCUCGACACCGCCAUCAAAUGGCACGGCAGCGCCGCCAACAACUCAGCCGAGGAGCUCACCUUUAUCAUCACCGGCGACAUCAACGCCAUGUGGCUACGCGACAGCGCCAACCAGCUCGCUUCCUACCUGCCCUUCUUAGCACCCUCUUCCUCGCGCGACUCGCUUGCCUCACUUUACCGGGGCGUCAUCAACCUCCAAGCGCGUUACCUGCUCACUUCACCCUUCUGUAACUCGUUCCAGCCUCCUUCCGAGUCCGGGAUUCCGCCCGCCACGAACUCUGCUGCUUCGUCGGAUACCGUCUACCCGCCCUAUGACCCGGAAAAGGUAUUCGAGUGUAAAUACGAACUGGACAGUCUGGCUUCCUUUCUGCAGAUCUCUGCUCAAUACCACGCCGCGACGAACGAUACGGCUUUCUUUGGCAGGUUCCAGUGGCUGGAGGCCGUUCAGACGGUGCUGGAUACGGCCAAGGCGAUGAUGACGCCUACGUAUGGACCGGAAGGUCAGGUACUGGAGAGUCCGUAUACGUUUACGCGGAUGACGACGCGCACGACCGAAACGCUAGCUAACGACGGGCUGGGUAAUCCUGUAGCGAGGGAUAUCGGACUGAUAAGAAGUGCGUUCCGACCAAGCGACGACUCGACGAUUUUUCAGUUUUUGAUACCGAGUAAUAUGAUGUUUGCCAAGUACGCUGGGGAUGUCGCUUCCAUCGUCUCCUCACUUAGUUCCCUUUCCGGUACCCAACCUGGGCUCAAAACCCCUCCAGCAAAUCUAUCCACCUCCCUCUCCUCUCUAUCUACUUCCCUCCGACAGGCCAUUUCGAAACACGCCAUUAUUUCUCUUCCUACCCUCAACUCAACAGAAACAACAGAAAAAGUCUACGCCUACGAAAUAGACGGCUACGGCUCUUUUUCUCUAAUGGACGACGCCAACCUCCCCUCGCUCCUCUCCGCCCCUCUCUUCGACUACUUUUCUUCUUCUUCUUCCUCUUCCAAUUCCUCCUCCGAUCCGGUCUACCAACGAACCCGCUCCCACCUCCUAGGAACCAACACCAACCCCUACAUGAUGCAUGGGCCAGUCAUCAACGCCGUUGGCGGACCGCACGCAGGACCCGGGAUGGCGUGGCCGAUGGCAAGUAUCGUGCGAAUCAUGACGAGCUCGGACGACGAGGAGAUCUAUGCGGUCCUGAAGGAGUUGGUGGGGAGUACGGAUGGGUUGGGGCUGAUUCAUGAGAGUGUGAAUAGUUUUGAUAGCCGAAAAUGGACGAGGGAGUGGUUUUCGUGGGCGAAUGGGUUGUUUGGGCAGAUGGUGUGGGAUUUGGUGAGACGGAAUAAAGGGAGGGUUUUGAGGAGGGGGUAUCAGUAGGUAGUGUCAGUAGGUGUCGAGUGGGUGGCAAGGAGGCCAAAGGCUAUAUCGCGCGUGGUAUUUGGGCAUGAUAAUGCCUUCACCUUCUAUUCGCCUCUAGUUCUACGACCCUAAUAGAUCGAAAAGUAAAAUGAAAUUACAACGUAUAU